UACCAGCAUCACUUUCAAAUGCUUGUGCCCUCUUUCUGUCUCUCAUAAAGGAGUACCGCAGAUCUUCUUUGAUCACUCGAAUUUGGAACACGCAUCUCCACCCUUGUAGAACAACUCCUCACUAUAAGCAGUCGUACUAGCCUGCAUUUUUUUUUUUUAUUCUGGACGUGGGCAGAAAUCACAACUGAAGGAAAUCUGGCGGACAGCUGGGGACUUCGUUUUGCAACUCCUGGAAACGACCCGCGAGGUUUGCAUUAUUAACUGUGACUAUGCAGGGUCCGUGUAGUUAACAAAAAGGAACACUGGUUCGAACGUUCGGGAAGAUUUUGUUGAUAUUUCUUUGGUUGCAGGAAUACUCGAUUCACAAAUCUGUUUCACCUUGGAAGCGGAACAAUACAAACCACAUAGCAAAUGUGUGUAAGAAGAGUUCUAUGAAAAGUAACCAAGGAAAACGAACAUGGAGGAAUGCAUUGAACAGAACGAUGUUGCCAUUCAAAAAAAUGGCACUGAAGCUGGGGGAAAAAAUGGCCUCAUCAACACUAGAAACGUGAUGGUGGAAACCAAGGAUGGCUUAGUCUCUGUGUACUCUGCACCACAAUACCAACAUGUGGUAGUAAACUUGCCACCACAAAGCACUGUGGAGAACAAUAAAAAUCAUCCGUCCCAGCAGCUACUUAACCCAAGUUCGCUUCAGCAGACUAUAGAUUCCCAUUAUCGCCCCAAUAUCAUCCUGUAUUCAGAGAAUGUACUAAAAUCUUGGACUGAGAGCAUGAGCACAGACUGCUGUGAAACAACUUUCAUUGAAGACAUGUCACCCACCACAGAAGGCCUAGGGUACUCUGAAGGCAAGUUCAUGCACCUCUCGACCGAAGAUGCCAAAAUUCAAACGCUCUCGUAUGAUGUUGAAGAAGAGGAUGAGUUUCAAGAACUGGAGAGUGAUUAUUCCAGUGACACAGAAAGUGAAGACAAUUUCCUGCUGAUGCCCCCCAGAGAUCACUUGGGUCUUAGUGUCUUCUCUAUGCUUUGCUGUUUCUGGCCACUGGGAAUUGCUGCCUUUUAUUUAUCACAUGAGACCAACAAGGCAUUGGCUAAAGGAGAUUUUCACCAGGCAAGUUCCAGCUCCAGACGGGCUCUUUUCCUGGCUGUGCUCUCCAUCACCAUCGGAACUGGGAUUUAUGUUGGUGUCGCCGUGGCGCUCAUAGCUUACCUUUCAAAAAACAACCACUUAUAAACUUUUUUGUCAAAAGCUUUUCAACCACUGGAGACAGGAACGGUAGAUUAUGUUGUUGUGGGUGGAUGGUUGGGCUAGACCAGAUAGUGGUGCAGGGGAAACGUUGGAGAUGCACAAACUUCUCAUCCAGAAUUCUGCGAGAAAAGCUUUUCACUACAAUUGUUUUUCAUUGUGUAGGACUGGUGUAGGCAAAGACAAUGAGUAGCUGAAUGCAACUUUGAGCUUGUUUUGUUUAUUUUUAUUUUAUCACUGAACCACAAACCUAUCAAGUUUUUUUUAAUGGUUGUUAAUCCUAUACUUUAUGCAGAAUCAGUGGUAUACUUGUCAAAUGAAAGCAUUCCUGGUUUUGUUUUUGUUUUUUUUUAACUCAGUGUUCCAGUGCUCCACCUUUUGAACUUUUGGUCAUCAUCAUUGAGACACCCAGUGGGUUUAAAUUGUAUUGGUCCCUGAAUGUUCGGUCCUAGGUCUCAUUAUUAACCGUAACAUUGUUCUUUAAAGCACGGUAACCCCAGUACUCUUCGUAUUCAGUGAUUUUUGUAUUUUGUGAGUUUCAGAAUUCUGUGAGCUGUUGAAAAUAAUACAUUACAGUGUAAGGCUUGAAGUACAGUGAGAUUCAAAGUACAGAUGCACACAUUGAGUGGCCCAGGCCUAAUUUAUAAAAUAGAUAUGCCAUUUUAAGGAUGCGUGUGUAUAGUACAUUUCCCUAAAACACAUAAUAGUGACAAAAGAACACACUUUAUUUAAUAUAGGGUCAACAUAGUUAACAACAGGAACCUGAUGCAGUACAACCUUCUGUGGAGGCAAGUAUGACUCCUUUAACUGAAUGAUUUUCUUAUGCAAGAAACAAAAAACAGAACAAAAUGUAAAUUACACAAAAGUAAUAAUAGAUUGUAAAUAGUAGUACAGUACCUGAAUAGGGUUUUAUUAGUGUGCUGUUGCCAGUACGUGCCAAAUUGGACAGUAUUACUUUUCUGGGGGGAAAAAUGUUUUUUCAAAGUAAGAGCUAUUGUUCAAUGUUUAUUUUAUUUCAUCAAGAGAGCAUUCCCAGGUAAAUUUGGAAAAACCUGCAUAAAUGUAUGGCAACUUUACAGAAAAGCAUUUGCAUUUGUUUUGUUGUAACAUUCAUUUAACAGUUUGAACAGGUCACUUGCAAUUAAGGUUCCCUGAAAUUACUCAAGCUUGAAAUCUAAAUUGAUUCCUAUAAACAUCCCAAAAUGUCCAUAAAUUGACUGACUGCUUACAAUUUUAAAGUGAGGUAUUAUUUUACAUGCAUAAUCUUGUUGGCACAGCUACAGUAGGUACUGCUCUCGUUUUUUUUGUUGUUUUGUUUUUAAUAUUGCCAACAAGAUGGACGUUGGGAUGUAUGUCGGAUUGUGGACAUUUACACCAAAUACAGUACUGUGUCUGAAGCAUUCUGAAGGAAGUUCAAGUGCGGCAGUGUUUAUGUUUUUAAUAAAAAUCACAUCCUUGUUGUCAGUGUUUGGAGAUACUUUCAGACGUCUAGUUAAAUUAACAUUUAUAAUGGUCUUGACUGAACUGAUUGCAUUUGAAAGUGUAUACAUUUAGAAAAUGUUUUAAAAGUGCUCGUAGAUAAGCUUGCUUGCAAAGAAGUGGUACCCAGGAGAAUGAACUUUAAUAAAUGUGACUUUUGAUAUUCUACAGACACUCCAAUCUUUUAACUUGUCCGGAUUAAUUCUUCUGCUUGACUCAGUGAAACUCUUUCACUUGACAAAGUAGCAGGUUCACGUUAUGUCAAUCUACCAGAUUUCACCUUUGUCUAGCAUAAACAGAUUUAAGAUUCGGCUGUAAUUGCUGUCACUAUCUGGCUUGAGCUUGUGAGCUGCAGGCCUUGUUUUUGACCAUGUGGCUGUAUUUCAUGAUCCAAGAAAAUCCUCUUACGCUGACAGGAAAGGCAGCCACAUGGCUGAAAACUUGACCUUUUACAAGCGCUCUGAAAACCAGUCUGAGUUAGCUAAAUUGGAAAAUAAGUUAAUCUGAUUGUAGACUAGAAGUGGACCAGGUACCCAUUUUGAAAAAUACUGGGGUACAGGAACACACAGGAGCACUUCCUUCUGAAAUCCCAUGUUCUUAGUUUUAACCAAUGCUACAGCAGAAAGGCUGAAAGAUGACAAUUCUAGUACAAUUGGAAGUUACAUGCUUAACUAGGUAAGAAAAAGGCGGGGUUUGAAACGAAUGCUCGCCCAUUAGCCCGAGGCUGAAUUAAAACUGAUGAUGACUAGUUGAUGUUUGUGUCUCAGUAGUCCUGUGGGCGAGUGCCUAAAAUAAAGUGUACAGAUCUGUUCUCAUGUUCACAGGCUUGUAUUUAAUAAAUGCAAGAGAAGCACCUUUUCUAACAGUUGUAGCACUGGUGAAGAAACAUUGAUUUUAAAUCAUUAAAAUACAAAAAAAAAACUCCAGACAAACCUCUUAAAAUACAUAUUGACUGUAAAGUAUCCACACCAGGUUGUGAUUUAACAGUUAAGCACUUUAUUUUGUAUCACGCCACAUGUACAUUCAUCUGCAUUACCAUCGCCAGCUCUCUCUUUCUGACCUUUUUACCUCCUGUAAGGAUUUUUGCCUAUGUAUUGCCCUGAUCUGUAGCUCUGUUUGGCACAUGGCCCGAAAUACACCCAUGUAGGGAGUGACUGGCUUUUCGUAACUCAGAGUGCAGCUGUGACCUCGGAGGGAUGAUAAUGUUUCUGCUUAAUAAGCUGUUUUGAGCCUGUGUUCAAACCAAUUAAAACUGGUUCUAAAACCACUUACUUUUGUUAAGUGACAUGAUAUAACUUUAGAUAAGUGUCACGGAACACUAAUAGCACACUAUACAAUUGAAACACGUAGG